AUGUCCCAACGGAAGAUCUUCAUCACCGGCGCGACAGGCUUCAUCGGCCGUGUCGUUACCGAGCUAGCCAUCAAAGAUGGAUACAGCGUCCGCGCCCUCUCUCGCAAGGAAGAAGGCGACGCCCUCUUGAAAUCGCUCGGCGCAACCCCCGUCCGCGGCGACCUCACCAGCCUCGACGUCCUAACCCACGAGAGCGCCUCCGCCGACAUCAUCUUCCACCUCGCCUUCGACCACGACUUCACCAAGCCCUACGACCAAAUCCUCGCGCUCGACACCGCCGCCGUGAACGCCCUCGCCUCACCCCUCAUCGGCACCAACAAACCGCUCAUCACGACCGGCGGCACAGCCAUGGUGGCACCGGACCCGAACGGCGACGAAACCGACGAAACGAGCCCUCUGCCCCCGAAUCCGCUCGUCCCACGGCAUCUCGCCGAAGAGAAUUCCCUCUCGUGGGCCGCGAAAGGCGUGCGCUCCAUCUCCAUCCGUCUCCCGCAGUACGUCUACGGCCGCGGCACCGCGAGCGGAUUCGCCGCCCUCCUCAUCAAAUUGGCCAUCCAGUCCCACGAAUCGGUCUACCUCGGCGACGGCGAGUACUGCACGUCCAGCGUGCACGUGGACGAUGCGGCGCGGCUGUACUUCGACGCCGCGGCUCGUGCCAGACCCGGCGAUGUCUUCAACGGCACGGCGAAUACCGAUACAACAUACAAGGAGAUCGCGACUGCGGUGGGUACGGCGGCGCAGGUACCCGUGAGAUCGAUUACGGCGGAGGAGGCGACGGCGCGGUGGGGACCGUUCUUGACUGCGUUUUAUAGCAUUGCGAAUCGGGCGUCGAAUAGGAAGGCUGUGGAGCAGUUGGGUUGGAAGCCUGAGGGGCCGGGCUUAUUGGAGGAGAUCACCCAGGGGAGUUAUUUGGCGGUUGUGGAGGAGUUUAAGAAGGCUCAGGCGGCGGGAAAGUUGUAA